UCAAAAUGAGUCACAGGAAAAUCAGUGAAGCCUCGUCCGCUAAGCGCAUCAUAUAAAGCGGCGGCGCGCGGCGUGCGGAGCAUUUUCCGACGGCGAGCGUGUGUGAUACGUGUGACAGACAGACAUGGCGCGCAUUAUAUUAAUUGCAGCGGCUUUAAGCGCAGUAUAUGCGGCGCCUCCACAACGCCUUUACCAACAUCCCUCACAGAUUCAACACCUGAACCCCUUGGACUAUUACUUGGAUAGUCAAGAAGGGCAGUAUUACCAGCAGGAACAAAAGCCAGCUCCACCGAACAGCUCGCCAGCGAGGCUGGAGACAUUGGAGCCAGACAGUGAAGUGGAACUCAUUCCCGGAGCUCAACCCCCUCAGCAGCCACCACAACAGACACCUGUUGCUCCAAAUAUACCAGGUUUGAUUCCCGGUCAAAGAGUCUUCAUAGUGCAUAUGCCAGUACCUGGAAUUAGGCCUGGAACUGUAGGCGGCUAUCAACCAGUGUACAUUGUAGCAGCGGCGCCUCAAGCGAAUGCCGCAUACCCAGGUUACCAAAACACAGUUCUCGUGAGCCCGAACUACGGGCAGCCUGGAGCACCCGCGGGCUACCCCAUGCCCGGAGUGCAGGGCAACCCCAACCUGGUGUUCAGCGCUACAGCCUACAACAGACCCUUCGGGCUUGCGCUCCAAGAGCCUGUUAACUACCAGCAAAUACCGGCUCAGCAGUUCGUUCAAGUGCCGCCCAGCGCGAUAAACUUCGCUCAGUUGGUGUCCCUCCAAGGGCAGCAAGCUCAACCAGCCCAAGAAGCUAAAGUUAACGAUCCUCAAAAUGCAGAACAGAAGAGCGCCAGCCAAGUGACAAUUGAUUCGAAAGAAACGGCCGUAAACCAAAAGAGUGCAAAAUCAACACACGGACUGAUUAGGAACAAGGCUUAGAUUUUAUUAUUUAUACUAAUUUAUCUAUUUAUGUUUUAAUAUAGCUAAAAUGCGCCAAAUAUGCUAUCGAAACAAAAUCGGAUGUAUCUAAAACUAUGUGCUACAAUUUUGGACAAAAUGUUUUCAUAGAUGUUCUAUUCCAUCCGUUCUGUCAUCAAUCUGUUCAGAGUUCUGCACAUAGCUUGUAUUCUUCGUACCUGAUUGUAUCUAAAUACAUUAAUGUAAAUAAAGUUUUCUUAGUUUA